CUGAGCGUUGCAUUCCCGCUCUGUUUCUCUCCAACACUAUCUCCAACACCAACAACACCUUUGUCACCAACACAUCCAUUUGUCAGUUACAGCAUCAUCUCCCUCGGGAUUAUGUAGUGUUUCAAAUUACCACGGUGAUAAGUGUCAACUUCUUGGGUUAAGUUUCCAGUGUUGGUUCGGCAUCGAACUUCAGCUGACAAGUGUGGAUCUCUUAGACCGCCGAUGACGUCAUCGGACCUGAAUUGGGCCUUAGGCCUUACGGUCCUAUUAGGCCUAGCUGCUGUGACGCAGACCGCAGAUGUGGAUGGGGGCUGGAGCCCCUGGUCGGACAUGAAGACGCCCUGCAGCAAGACAUGCCAGGGGGGUACGCAGACGAAGGUCAGGUCCUGUACCAAUCCCGCCCCCGAAGGCAACGGGAAGCUCUGCGUUAAGGAGGACAAGACGCUCACUGCAGGCGCGGAGUGGCACACCACUCCUUGUAAUACCCAGGCAUGUUGGGUGAACGAGUGGUCAGACUGGUAUAACUGCUCCAAAGUGUGCGGACGCGGGAUCAAGAGUCGGUUUGCCAUGUGUGGAAAUGAGACUUGCACAGGCGCCCAGUACAAGGUGGAAAAGGAACCGUGUAAUACGUGGGUCAAGAACACCAGCAUAUGCCCGAGUCCUUGCAUUGGGAAGGCGUGUCCUGACUACGCAAUAUGUAGGGACGAGUCGACCAACGAGGACCCUAUAGCCAAUUGCGUGUGCACCAUGGGGUUCACGAUGCACUCGUCUGGGAAAUGCGUCAGACCCAACCACCCCCACCCACCCCCACCCCCUGGCCAAGUUACCGACCUGCCCCCUGCCCAGAAGGUGGUGGCGACUGUGAUCUCCAAGACAGCCUCGACCAUCAUCAUCGUGAUGGUGUCCAUAACCCUGGCCCUGUUCUUGAUCCUGCGCAUCUUCACGCCCGACCGCAUCAUCCAGAUGAACAUGGAGAUCGCCCUGCUCUGUGCUCACGUCAUGCUGAUGUUCCCGACCUCCAUCGUCAAUUAUCCUAACUUCUGCCGCGCCGUGUCGAUCUUCGUCCACUUCUUCUUCACCGCCUGCUUCCUCUUCAUGAUGCUGGAGGCGCUCCACAUGUACGCGUUCGUGGGCCACGUCGUCAAGAAGGAUGGGAUGCUGUCCAAGGUCCAGAAUACCCUCGUGGGCUGGGGGAUGGCUAUGUUCAUCGUCCUUUGCUCCAUGUGCUUCGAGUUCAACAACUAUGGCGGCAAAUACCACUGCUGGCUCCAAAUGGACACCCCACUCGUGUACGGGCAGUACGUCCCCGUCAUCGUCAUUAUGGUCAUCACCCUGACACUCAUCGAGGCUGCUGGAGCCGCUGACUUCAAGCAAAUGAAAGACAUCGACGAGGCACAGUUGCUGAGCGCCAAGUUCUCGCAGCGCACAAACCUGAUCAUCAUGCCCUUGGUCUUCUCUCACUGGGUCGUGGGGAUGAUGUCGGAGUACGAACAGAACAUGCCCUUGUACAGCAUCUUCUCCAUUCUUAACGGGGUCACUGGCGUCGUCGUGUUCUUGCUCCACUGCUUCAACAACCAGCAGGUCCGGGAAAAGAUGAAAGGCUGCUUCAACAAACUAAGAGGAAAAUCAAAGACCUAAAGAUGAAAUGGGGAAGUAGGAAGAGAGGAAGACAGGUCCCUUGCCAGGCCUUCUUGUGCAACGCUAAAGUUGGUUUGCGAGACUUCACCAUACGAUUGGUUUAUUUUUCUUUCACUGUAUAAUAUAUUUACUUUUCUUUCAACAUAUAAUUUAUUUAUUUUUCUCUUAGUCAUAUGUAGACCUCUUGAAGGCACUAGGUUGCCUAAGACAUUCACCUUCUCUGGUGAAAAGUGUUUAUCUAAAUAUAUGUCAAUUCUUGAUCAAUGUCAGAAAAACCAAAGAUUUAGUCAGGUGUAAAGUAGCAAGCCAAUUUGACCAUGUUUAAAGUAGCAAGCCAAUUUCACCUUGUUUAAUGUAGCAAGCCAAUUGACCUUGUUUAAAGUAGCAAGCCAAUUUGACCUUGUUGAAAGUAGCAAGGCAAUUGAACUUGUUUAAAGUAUUAAGCCAAUUUGACAUUGUUGAAAGUAGCAAGCCAAUGGACCUUGUUUAAAGUAGCAAGCCAAUUUGACCUUGUUGAAAGUAGCAAGGCAAUUGAACUUGUUUAAAGUAUUAAGCCAAUUUGAACUUGUUUAAAAUAGCAAGCCAGUUUACCUUGACAUUAAGCAGUUCUCUCUUGUAUACCCUUGGCUUCUGUUAUCGACAUUAACUAAGACAUUAUCCUAUUAGUACGUAUGUGUGUGUGUGUGUGAGAGCAGCAUAUUUGAAUACACAUAUACUAUAGUAGAUUCACAUCAACCGGUCCCCUGAGAGUUUCCAACCCUGUGAUUGACUUGUCAACAGCCAAUCAGGAGCGUCGUAAAGGAAUGGCCUAGACAUCAGAUGCACGGUUGAUGUGAAUCUACUAUAACACGUGUGGGUAAUGUAUAUAACGACCCUUCGAGUCAAAUACAGAAAAUUAGUACAAAAUGGUUUCUUUCCAAGAUUAUUAGGCUUGAUGAAUACCUAGUUUGUUGCUUAGACCUAAUGACCAACCAAUUCUUUCCCACAUAAUGCAG